CGGCACUUCCGGGAAGAUGGCGGCGCACAGAUCACGUCUGGCACAUGUUUCUGCGGAGAGGACCUUGCACUAACGGGAAGAUAGUGACCCCUUCUCUUCUCUGGUGAGGGCCUGAGGACAGUGACUCUUUUCUCACCAUGAGUGUCACCCCAGAGGUCAAGAGUCGUGGGAUGAAGUUUGCUGAGGAGCAGCUGCUAAAGCAUGGAUGGACUCAAGGCAAAGGCCUGGGCCGGAAGGAGAAUGGCAUCACCCAGGCCCUCAGGGUAACGCUGAAGCAGGACACUCAUGGGGUGGGACACGACCCUGCCAAAGAGUUCACAAACUACUGGUGGAAUGAUCUCUUCAACAGGACUGCGGCCAGCUUGGUAGUGAAAACUGGGCAGGAUGGAGUACAGAUAAGGUGCCUGUCUAAGGAGACCACCCGUCAUGAUCAUGCCAAGCCCAACCUGCUGUAUCAGAAGUUUGUGAAGGAUGACACAGUCCAGAUGUGUCAGACUGGCUCACAUGGCCCUUCAUGCCUUGUCCCUGCCUUCUUUCUUAGCCUGUCUCUCGCCACCUCUCAGGACCUCUACACUUUAGCCAGAUGGAAUCUGAAUCUUUUCAAGACGGCCACACUGACUUCAAGUGGGGAGAAGCCAGACAAGGACUUGGAAAGCUGCAGUGAUGACGACAGCCAGGGGCCCAAGCCUGCAAAGAUUCUGACUGAUGAGAUGCUGCUCCAAGCCUGUGAGGGGCGAACAGCACACAAGGCUGCCCGUCUUGGGAUCACGAUGAAGGCUAAGCUUGCUCGGUUAGAGGCCCAGGAGCAGGCCUUCCUGGCUUGUCUCAAAGGCCAGGACCCUGGGGUCCCUCAACUGCAGUCUGAGAGCAAGCCCCCACAAAAAAAGAAAAAGAAAAGGAAGCAGAAAGAGGAGGAAGAGGCUACGGCAACUGAAAGGAAUGCAGAAGAGUACCCAGAACACACUGAUCAGAGUGUCAGGAAAAGCAAGAAGAAGAAAAGACGGCAUCAAGAAGAAGGUGUCACAGAUGAGAGAGAGGGAACAGCUGUAAGGCAUGAGGAAGAAGAGACCACAGGAACAAGUGGGCUUGGGGAAUUGAAAAACAGAGAACAAACUGAUCAGUCCCUCAGGAAAAGGAAGAAGAAGAGGAGGCAGCAUGAGGAAGACUUGAACAUGGAGGAGGCUGUUGUAGAUGGUGGGACCAGAGAAGCAGAAAGCAGAUCAUGCAGUGAUCGGAAAAGUAGGAGAAGCAAGAAGAAAAGACAGCGGCAUCAGGAGGAGGAGGACGUCUUGCGUGUAAGGGAUAAAGGAGAUGAGGAAGAUGGCAGGACUAGGACAGCAGAGAGCAAGGCAUACACGGGCUCAAGUGGCAGAGGUAAGAAGAGGCAGAAGCAACCAGAGGAGGAAAGACCUGGAGUCCACACUGACCAGAGAGCAAAAAAGAAGAAACAGAAGAAGAGAAACUGAAGGCCAGGUCAAGAUGCAGCCCAAUCGAGUCCUCUUCAGGAGUUGAAGCCUCAGAGACCUGAGUUGGUGCAGGUCUUGUGCACCCUCUCAGUGAGGAGUCCCUCCCAAGGAGGAAACAGCUCUGGAACAGUAGUCCGCUGAGAGGAGAGCAGUAGUGCCGUGUCUGACUUGAGGGAGCAGGCACAUUUCCCCCUUACAGCGUCUAACCCAGAGAUGGUGAACUCAAGCACCUGCAGGGACCGGGCAGCUAAGGGACAAGGAUGCUGGGGGCUGUGGGAACGGGAAUGCAGACAGCCUCUGAAGGGGCAUCUUGGCCAAAAGAAGCUGAAAAUAUAGACCUAUGAGAAAUGUACUGAUUUUUUAAUUUUGUGAAGGCUAAGAAAAACAUGCAAAUUCAGCCCAUAGGUUGCCAGUUUCUAACUAUACCAAAUUGAAUAAACAUUAGCUUGGUCUCCUA